GCAAAACUUUUAUUAUGGCUAUUGGCAUCCUUAUUGUGCAGCUCACCAUACAAUUAGUGAUUCUUACUCAAGCAUUGACUGGGCACCAACUUUUACGAAGCAUAUUCAUUAAUGUAGUACAACUGGAAUCAGAUAUACGAAAGCACAGUGCAGCCGUGUAUUCGUUGUGUGACAUUCGUUGGCGUUUAUUCUUACAUGUAGGAAUUUGGUUACUAGUUACUUGCACUUUCGAAGUGUAUAUAAGUUAUGAAAUGUUCCCUCCUGCAUACACAGCUCUAAUUUACCUACUCUCAAUAUUUGGCGGUAUACUAAUUCAAAUGAAAGGAAUUGAAUACUGUGUAUGGGCGCAAAUGAUACAGGAGCUGUUACACCUGGUGCAGCAACAGCUGAUACAUUUGAAAGAAGAACUGGUGCGCUGUGAGAGAAUGGAGCUGCGUUGUAGUUUCUUUGCCGAAAUACAAGCCAAUCAAAAAUUGCUGGCUCGUGUCUGGGAUCUACUCAAUCGAAUGGAGCGAUAUUUUUGCAUUCCAAUAUGUAUGCUAUUCUUUUAUAAUGGAUUAUUAAUAAUACAAACCAUACAUUGGAGCUAUAUUAAUUUUGAGCUUGAUGAUUUGAAGUUGCGCUUAUACAUGGCCCAGUCGAUAAGCCAACAUCAUCAGCGACUUCUUUGA